AUGGGUUCAGUCACCGAACAAUCACUCGAGGAAGUGGAGGUCAGGUACAGGAAGGAGCAUGACAAGCGUCUCCGCUCCGACGGCACCGCCCAGUUCACCGACCUUUAUUCCUUGGAAAAAUUCCGGCGCUUCAAGCAAGAUCCGUGGGCGGAUGUGUCCGCCUAUGAGACGCUCCCCCGUCCCAGGGAGGGGGACAGGGAGGAGAUCCUCAUCAUGGGCACCGGCAUUGCCGCUCUCCUCUUCGCUGUCCGGUUACUAGAUGCCGGCUUCAAGCCGACCGACAUGCGGUUCAUCGACACCGCCUCCGGAUUCGGCGGAACCUGGUACUGGAACCGGUAUCCCGGCCUCAUGUGCGAUGUCGAAAGUUACAUCUACAUGCCGCUUCUUGAGGAGACUGGCUACAUUCCGAAGCAGAAAUAUGCCUCGGGUACUGAGAUCAGAGAGCAUUGCGAGCGCAUAGCCAAGCAGUACGGCCUGUUCGAAAGGGCUUGGUUUCGAACACGGAUGCUCGACUCGGUUUGGGACGACAAGGCGAAAGAGUGGGUGGUCAGACUCUCGGAACAGGUUGGCGACGGCGGGGAGCGCGAGCCUGCGGUCGUCAAAUCGCGAUUCGUGAUUCUUACCACCGGCCUGAUGCUCAUUCCCCAAGUACCGCAGAUCAAGGGUAUAGAGUCUUUCGCAGGCGACUGUUUCCACGCCGCUCGCUGGGACUACAGCGUCACCGGGGGCAGUCCCGAGAGGCCCGAGCUCGUCAACCUCAGGGGCAAGAAGGUUGGAAUUAUCGGCACCGGGGCAUCGUCUGUGCAGAUUGUUCCCGAACUGGCCAAGCAUGCUGGCUCUGUCUUGGUCUUUCAACGAACCCCGUCGGCUGUUGAUGUCCGAGGCAACAAGGACACUGAUAUGGCGUGGUUCAAAGAAAGGAUUGGCAACAAGCCCGGAUGGUGGCAGGCGCGUUGUGAGAACUUCAAUGCCUUCCAAGGCAACCUAGAGCCCAAACCGGACGAGGAUCUCGUCAACGACGGCUGGACCUCGAUGACGUCGUACAGCGCACUCGUCGGUACCACGUCCAGACAGCCUAAGAGCAGGGACGAAAUCAAGGCUUACUACAGGUACCUACACGAGGUGGACCUGGGAAGACAGAACAGGAUCCGAGACCGGGUGGACGCGGUCGUCAAAAAUCCGGCUGUUGCCGCCAAGUUGAAGCCUUGGUAUGCGGGAUUCUGCAAGCGCCCAUGCUUCCACGACGCCUACCUGCAGAGCUUCAACGAACCCAAUGUCAAGCUAGUCGAUACCGAUGGCCAGGGCAUCGACGAAAUCACGGAGAGGGGCCUUGUAGUCAAGGGACAACACCACGACGUCGACAUCCUGAUCCUCGGUACUGGCUACAAGAGCCCAUUCCUCUACAGCCCCCCGGGCCGGGUCGGAGUGACUGUCACCGGCCGCAACGGCAUCGACCUGGACAAGAAGUGGACGACUGCUGUCACCACUCUCCAUGGUGUGAUGAGCCACGACUUUCCCAACAUGUUCUGGCCUGGGUUCAUUCAGGCCGGCGGAAAUGCCAACUAUACCUACACCAUCAACCAGGGUGCUUUUCAAGUAGCGCACCUCAUGGCCGCUGGAUUACAACGCAGCGGCUCGGCCGCAUCUGGGACUUCACCUUACAAGUACAACUUCACGGUCGAGGCCACGGCAGAGGGAGAGGAAAAGUGGUCGCAAGCCGUCGCCUCGCAUGCGCACAUGUUCGGUGCGACCGCCGGCUGCACGCCCAGCUACAUGAACGCCGAGGGAGAGUUUGAGGGGAUCUCCGACCCCGUGAAGCUUGCCCGGAUGGCUCGAAGUGCUCCCUGGGGCAAGGGCCAAGCCGACUUUGAUCGGACCAUAGCAGAGUGGCGUAAGAGGGGCGACUUUGAGGGUGUGGAAAUCAAGGCUGUUUGA